CCCGCACGAGCCGCGGCAGCCCCGCCCCUAGCACGCGGAGCAGCCAUGGCGCCGGGCGGGCAGGCGGGAGGCAGCGGGAGCGCCGGGUCCCCCCGCGAGGGGCUGCGGGACUGGAUCCGGAGCGCCUGCCGCUUCGCCGCCGACAGGAGCGACUUCCGCAGAAACCUCAUAGUUAACCUGGGGCUUUUUGCUGCUGGAGUCUGGGUAGCCCGAAACUUGACAGACAUUGAUUUGAUGCCUCCUCAACCAGUUGCAUAGCAGUGCCAGUGAGUACCUGACAUUGUGAAGACGUGAAUCAAGUGUAUCUGCAUCAAGUCUGAAGAGCUUCUUGUCCCAGUGUGACAGGAUGACCAAAAUGAUGAUCAGAAGAGUUGUGUGGUGUUUGUUGCUUUUGUUCUUGGUAACUAAAAGUUCAGCAGCAGCUCUAAAAUUGUAUUUUAAUUCAAGCAUACUAUCAUUCCGCAAUGAACAGAAGCCAUUUAAUUCAUGAGAUGUUAGUUGUAUGUUCAGUUCACCUCACUGAGCUCAAUGUAUAUUAAUCAGUUAUAUUUUCAAGACUUGCAAAGCUGUUUCAUAUUGAGUUUAAUUCUGUACCAUGUCUAGAAGAUUCUCAUUAAAUUAUCAUAAAAUGUGUGAAAUGA